AUCUGACUCCACUGGACUUUCCUCUAUAUGGAGAAUGGGCUGAAAUAUCUUUUAUUUUCUGGACAGGACGCAUAUUCUUCUUCCUGAAGGAAAUAACACUAGUGAUUAAGUGAAUGUUAGAGUCCACUUAUAGUCUCCAGUACACAUACAUAGAAACAGUCAGUUCAUUGGUGUUGAGGAGUAAAAUACUGAUCAACACGAGUACCAGACUCUAAUUCAGUCAUUAAUCUCACAUAGAGUCAUGAAUCAAAAUCCAGUAACAUGACUAGUGGUCAAGUGGAGUGGAAUUAAGGCACAGUGAUUCUUCUGGAUGCACAUCUGUGUGGACUGAUUUUGGGAAAAAAAGCAACCUUGCUGGAUAUAUUUCUGAGUGGAUGAUCAGUGUACUUGCUUUGGACAGCAGAUAUGAGGGGACAAUCCCCAAUGCCAAAGCUGAGAGAGUGAGAAGGGACAAGAGACCUCCACACCUCUGUCCACCCACCCAGACCACACUGCAGACCAUCAGGAGGAAGGACAGAUAGUCUGAUGCCAACUGUCUCCUCUGUGAAUCACACUGGACGACUCCUCCUGCUGUUGCUAUGGGCAGCCCACCUCUCCAUGGCGACCAACUGGCUUUCUCUGGCCCGGUUGCCACGAUCUCGUCCGAUUUCGGGCGACGGGCCAUGUGGGCGUCUGAGGGGGCUUUCUGCAGGACAGGUGGGAGUGUGCCGGGCGCGGGGGGAGGUGAUGGAGUCCGUAAGAAAAGCUGCAGAAAUGGUCAUCGAGGAGUGUCAGCACCAGUUCAGGAACCGCCGCUGGAACUGCUCCACUACUCCUCGAGGCAUUAAUGUGUUUGGCCGAGUGAUGAACCAAGGCACGCGGGAGGCAGCUUUCGUGCAUGCGCUGUCCUCGGCGGCGGUGGCUGUGGCAGUGACGCGAGGCUGCAGCCGGGGGGAGCUGGAGAGGUGCGGCUGUGAUAGAAAGGUCAGAGGGGUCAGUCCAGAGGGGUUCCAGUGGUCUGGCUGUUCAGAUAAUUUGUCCUAUGGUGUGGCAUUCUCUCAGACAUUCGUGGAUGAGCCAGAACGUGCAAAAGGCACAUCAUCAGGGCGUCCACUAAUGAACAUCCACAAUAAUGAAGCAGGACGAAAGGCUAUUCUCCACAAUAUGCAGGUAGAGUGCAAGUGCCAUGGUGUGUCAGGCUCCUGUGAGCUCAGAACCUGCUGGAAGGUCAUGCCCCCCUUUCGCCGGGUUGGUGCUGUGCUGAAAGAGAGAUUCGAUGGAGCCACAGAGGUGCGUCUGACACGAGUAGGCUCUCGCACAGCUCUGCUGCCAAAGGACCCCCUGGUCAAGCCGCCAGCCGCACGUGACCUUGUGUAUUUGUCCGCCUCACCGGAUUUUUGUCGCCUAGACCCUGAAAAUGGCAUCCCAGGGACAGCCGGCCGACGCUGCAACGGAACAUCGCGGCUGGCACCGGACGGCUGUGAGCUGGUGUGCUGUGGACCAGGUUUCCGGGCUGGAAGGGCCGAGGUGAUCCAGCGCUGCUCCUGCAAGUUCUCAUGGUGCUGCUCAGUCCGGUGCCAGCAGUGCAAAAAUACUGUGCUUAUUCACACCUGCAGAGAGUGACACACUUAAAUAUACAUUCACACAUGCACACCUGACACAAAACACUCUUACACACUCAUAGUGCCACACAAAAUAAACUCCCAUCCUAAACAGCAGUUUGGUAAAACAUUUGUGCAAUGCUGUAGCCCAAGAAGUGCUAUAAAAUACAAUUUGACUUAGCUAUGUUAGUCAUGUUUUAAAGGUUAUAACUGCAUACUGUUUCACAUUUUUAGGGGUUGUACACUACCAAAAAUAUGUCAGUGAAUACUUUGACUUCUGCACUGAUUACUGAUAAAAUUGUGUUCUGGUCAUCAAAUACAAUCUAAUUAAACUAAUAAAACAGUUAAUGUUUUUAACUAAGCACAUUAUCAUUGAUUUAACAUUCAUAGUGCAGGCUAAAAAAAGUAAGUGAACUCUGAAUGUUAAUGUAGAUCCACCUUUAGCAGCCAAUAACCAAAUACUUUACUUUACUGCAGAUAAGAUUGUGUUACCUUGACAAGACGUUUUGUACAAUUCCUACAUAAACAUGUUUCAGUUCAUCCAUGUUGUUAUCAUGUUAGUAAGGUUAUUGGACAGCAUCUUGCUGGGAUUAAGUUCGGGACAAACCAUUGUCUAUUUUUAACCAUUCUUGAGUUAAUUUACUUGUGUACUUGUGCUUUGCUUCUAAAAGAGAAUCUAAAGGUCAUUACAUUAAAAUUUAAGUUCACUUACUUUUUUCUAGCCUGCACUGAAUCAAAUCAGUAAUCAGUGCAGAAAUCAUCCAGACAAUUGUGAUUCCAAAUGAUAGUCAAAUAAUGUACUUACUUUUUCUUGCAAAUAUACAAAAAACGCAAUUAAAAAAUCCCCUGUACUUUCACUGAAAUUAAAACUCACAGAUUUGAAGAUCCAUUGCUAUCAGAUUCCCAGACUUAAGUCCAAAAAAAGAACAAAGGUUUCUUUGCUAUAAAGGUUCUAAAAAGAAACUGAAAUUCGUACACACAUGUACACACCACUUCCCUCUCUUUGUGUUGAUCCUGUUUUUAUGUUUUCAGUUCUCCUACCUUUGCACAGGCACUACACAACUACACAAAAAAUGUCAAAUCAUCCUAUUUUUAGAGCAGUUUUGCUUACAAUAAACCCUCCAACUGAUGCAUGUAUGCACACAAACACACACACAUGCAUGCACACACACGCGCACACACACACACAACUAACUUGAUCAGACAAAGCUUUAAGGCUGAAAUUAACCCAGGAAUAACACUUCCUUACAGGCAUUUAGGAUGUAAUAGUGUUACAAAUGUAGAGUAGUGAGCUUCGCAUAUCAGCAGUAUUUAUAAUUCCUCAUCAGUGCUACUGAUUGUGUCUCUUGUCUCUUAUUUAUUUGAAUUUCAUUUCUGCCCGUGUGCAAGUCGGGAUUCUCUUUGCAUUGUUCUGUUCUUGCUGCUAUAUUCUCAGACUGCCUGGUCAAAAUAAACUGGUUUACACACCAAAUGCCAAACUA